AUGAGACGAUGGGUGGUGAUGCACCUGCUGCCGCUGCUGCCGCUGCUUCCCGGGGAGUCGCUGGCCGUUGGGGAGGCUUUUCGCAAGGUGCACUUGAAGCUCAUCGCUGCACCUGGCGACGGGACGGCAGAUGGCUCAUUUCGUUACGCCUUGGUUGAGCAGAAGCCGAUCCUGGGAGCAUGUCGCUGGACCCAAGCACUCCUGGUGGGAGAGGCAAUGCUGCAGAGCAUGGGCCUGCAAGACUUGGAACAGGUGAGGAAUGUUCGGAGAUGUGGACCGUCCAUGGCAUAUGGCUGUACCCUCUACGAUGCAUCUACCAUCGCCUCAAGCUUAUUGGCCGAAGUGUUUCGGCGGAAGGUGCCCGACGGCUUCGAUGCCUUCUUGAUUGGAGACUACUUUUCGGCUCUUGAGAUCGGCUGCCCUGACUGGGUUCUCAAGGACGAGGAAGCAUAUCUGGAGGUAGGCCUUCCAGGGCAGCCCGCUCUUGAUCCGCAAAGCUGGGAGGCCUGGUUGGCGAGGCACUUGCCACCGUCUCAACUUGAAGACCACCGUCGGUCCAAAACUGGGAGCCUGUUGGAGAGGACCCUGGCAGCAAUUCCAGACGUUUGCACACACAGUGUGACGGACGUCUGGGAAGCGCUUUGGCCCGGCACAGCCACGGCGACAGAGAUGUUUGUCGUUGGAUGUGGCGCAUUGAACGCAGAGCCGACACAACCGCUCGUGGACAAAGGGGCUGGCGGAUUGUUCAUUGACCGAGAUGAGAAAGGUGUGAAGCUGGCCAAGCACACCGCUUCGGCCGGCAACCGGCUCUUCCUCAACACAACGGUGCGGCCGGGCGACGUAGGCCACCUCCUGCGGCGGCAUGCCGCCUUUGUGCGGAAUGUCGAGGUGCUUCAGGUGGACAUUGACACGGUGGACGGGGCAGUCGUGCAGGCGGCUCUGGACCACAUGCAUCCCAGGGCCGUGGUCGUGGAGGUUCGCGACGUCGUGCCAUUUCCGAUCCGCUACACCUGCCUCGCGCAGGAUACCCAGGGUGUCGCGUUGGGAGGGGCCAAUUUCGCUUUCUGGGCGUACGAGCUGCAGCGCCGCGGCUACCAGUUGGCCCGUCUGGAUUCCCGGGAUGCGGUGUUCGUCCGUGAAGAGGAGGCAGCUCCUUCUACCGAUCGGCUUCUGGGAACACUAGGCUGCUACUUACUUCACUACAUGCUGGCACCCGAGCCGACGCAGUUCUUUCGACGUGAGGACCAAUCAGUCCAAGUCCAAUCAUCAAGAUUGCGGUGGCACUGGCUGCUGUCAGAUCCAGAUCUUGUGAUUGACGAGAUCUGGCUGAAUCUGACUGCCUGGCGGAACAACGUUCGCUUCAUGCUGGAUGUGUGA